AUGCAACCACCCACCACAGGCAAGCCUUCAGAUGAUCUCAAGAACCACAAGGCCGACUGCGAGGCGUACCUUGUUUUUACAUCUCCUGCAACGUCUCUAAUUAAGCAACCCAGCUUAAGCAUCGUCAAACUAGUCGAAGAUCAAGUCGUGAGGGUCAUCAUAACCCACUUGCCCAAGUCAUUGGUACAUUCACCCCCCCCAACACCACCUCAACCCGUAUGGUUCAGUCCUCACGGCUUAACGGUUUCUGCCUGGGAAAGUCUUGUUGAGCUCCACUGCCCUGAGCUUCUCACUUUGACGUGUCCAUCCAUCUUUCAAAAUUUCAGCAUCAACCAUCCACAAUUACAUGCGAUGAUGCUACGUUACGGAGUGCCCAAGACAGCUCCUUCAGCGGUCAAACAUCUAGUUAAACUUGCACUACACUUCGACACACCUCCUCCCGCAUCUCGACUCAAGUUUUUUCGGGGCAUCUGCUUUGCACUUGUAGCAAGUUACCCACGCCAUGGAUAUGAUCUUGAUCAGAUCCCGAGAUUGGAACGUAAAUUGUUUCACUCACUUCUUUCUUGGGUCAAUUCGAUCUUCAGAGCAAUUCAAUACCUCAAGUGCACCCAAAGUAAAAUCGAAAAUCGACCUCAACUAGGAUCGCUGGCAAGCUUCUUGACUUCGCGCACAAUCGGAGUGAUGCUGGGUCCAGAAACAGAGAAGGCAGCCCCACCUGCCGCCAUCGAACUGUUACUUAAUCUUUAUCACCUUUGGUACUUGGAGAAUCAUCUGAUCUGCACUCGGCUUCAAUUGGCUCUUGACUCGCCCAACUUGGUGACAGUCAAACAAGAAGAGCUGGCCAUGUCUCUUGCAAAGGACUUUGUGUAUUCUUGGCAGUGCAUACCAUUGUAA